UGUGUAUAAAUAAAGAGUAGUUGACAGGUAAACCAGAUUCAACCCAUAUCUACUUGUUCCUGCGUUUCAUUUCAAGUUGAAGAAAGAUGGGGAAAGCCCAAGCCUUCAAACAACAAUUCACUCUCGGUUUCUUCCUUUCUCUAAUAACUAUUUCCCCAGUUUUAGUGAGUCAUUUUUAUUGUUAAUUUUCCCCCUAAUCACCUAAUCAAUUGCAGAUGAACGGCUCCAAGAAUCGCAAGAUAUGAUCGCCAAAUAUCCUGAUCGUUUGCCUGUGGUAGUUGAGAGAUAUUCAAAAACUGAUCUCCCUGAAAUGGAGAAGAAGAAAUACCUGGUACCCCGAGACAUGCCUGUCGGACAGUUUAUCCAUAUUUUGAGUGCCCGACUCCAUCUGGCCCCUGGGAAGGCUCUGUUUGUAUUUGUGGAGAACACCCUGCCUCAAACAUCUGCAUUAAUGGAGUCUGUUUAUGAAUCGUUUAAGGAUGAAGAUGGGUUCUUGUACAUGUGCUACAGCAGCGAGAAAACCUUUGGCGCCUUAACUCCUCUGUAUUUUACAUAACAUUUUUCAUACUCCUCUGUAUGAAAGAAAACCGCGUUUACUUUCAUCUGUACAUUUUCUUAAGUUGUGUGUGCAUAUUUUUAAUAUAAUAAUAUUCCACUCAUCUCAUAUUCAGUUGCCCCAUAUAUCCAUACCGUCCAAAAAUGUCUGUGCUAUGCCAAAUUUGUCCAUGUUUUGUUGCUCAAAAUUAUUUGAGAUGGGUAUGAACUUUAUUAUGGGUAAAUGCUG